CCGUUUCAAUGAAAUCAAUAUAUGUCUGUUCGUUGCCAUGUUGGUUGAAAUCCAUUCUGCUUGUUGCAGAUACAUGGCUCAAUACGAUUUCAAGAAGAUCACUGUCGUCCCAACUGGGAACGACUUGAUCGACAUCGUUCUCUCUCGCACUCAGCGCCAGACCCCUACGGUGAUCCACAAGGGGAAUGCAAUUUCCCGCGUCCGCCAGUUCUACAUGCGAAAGGUGAAGUUCACCGAAACCAACUUCACUGAUAAGCUCUCGAAAACCAUUGAGGAUUUCCCUCGGGUAGAAGAUAUCCAUCCCUUUUACGGCGACCUCCUUCACGUCCUCUACAACAAGGAUCACUACAAACUCGCACUUGGGCAGCUCAACACAGCAAGAAAUCUCAUCAAGAGGAUACGCGAAGACUAUGUGAAGCUCUUGAAAUAUGGCGACUCGCUCUACCGGUGCAAGUCAUUGAAGCGUGCAGCACUUGGCCGAAUGUGUACUGUGACCAAGCGCAUUGGGCCGAGCUUGGCUUACCUCGAACAUGUCAGGCAGCACAUGGCGAGGCUUCCCUCGAUCAACACGGGCGCUCCAACGAUCUUGAUUUGUGGGUGCCCCAAUGUUGGGAAGAGCUCUUUCUUGAACAAGAUCACCAGGGCUGAUGUGGAGGUCCAGCCAUAUGCUUUCACCACGAAAUCGCUCUUUGUGGGGCAUACGGACUACAAGUACCUGAGGUAUCAGGUGAUCGAUACACCGGGGCUCUUGGACAGGCCUCUUGAGGAUAGGAACAUCAUCGAGAUGUGCAGCGUUACAGCUCUCGUGAAUCUCCAUGCUGCUAUCUUGUUCUUCUUGGACCUAUCGGGCUCGUGUGGCUACAGCAUCUCUCAACAAGCAGCAUUAUUCCACAGCAUCAAGAUGAUGUUCAGGAACAACCCUGUGCUCAUUGUCUGCAACAAAACAGAUUUGCAGACCCUGGAAGGACUGAGUGGAGAAGACCUGAAGCUUGUCAUGGAGAUGAAAUCCGCAGCACUGAAGACUAUCCCUGGUCAAGGAGGUGAAGCUGCUAAUGACCAGGAUGUGCUCCUGACCAUGAGCACGAUAACCGACGAAGGCGUGAUGGCAGUAAAGAAUGCAGCUUGCCAGAGGCUGCUGGAUCAGCGAUCGGAGCGUAAGAUGAAAUCCAAGAAGAUGCCUACCGUGUUGAAUCGCUUCCAUGUAGCAAUGCCAAAGCCGCGUGACCAAAAGGAGAGGCCAGUCUGCAUACCCCAAGCGGUUUUGGAAGCCAGAGCAGAAGAGGCAGCACACGAGGAGAGAAAAACCGAGAAGGAUAUCGAAAAUGAGAAUGGUGGUGCUGGUGUGUACUCUGCCAGCUUGAGGAAGCACUACAUUCUAGCGGAUGACGAUUGGAAGCUGGACAUAUUGCCCGAGUUCCUCGAUGGCCAUAAUGUGUAUGAUUUCAUUGAUCCGGAUAUCUUGCAGAGGGUUGAGGAGCUGGAACGUGAAGAAACAGCAGUAGAGGAAGAUGGUGGUGACUUUGAGAUGGAGGAUGAAGAUUUUACUGCCGAGGCUGAAAAAGACCUGCAAGAAAUCAGGAAGAGGAAGAAGCUGUUGAUCCAAAAGCAUAGGAUCAAGAAGAGCACUGCAGAAAGUCGGCCAACUGUGCCUAGGAAAUUUGACAAGGACAGGAAGUUCACUACUGAGAGAAUGGGAAGGCAGCUGUCAAGCUUGGGGAUCGAUCCUUCUCGUGCUAUCGAACGUGCUAGGAGCAGGUCUGUCUCCAGGAAAGGAAGGAAGAGAGAGAGGUCUGUUGGUGGGGAUGGUGAGGAUGAAAUGGAGAUCGAUGGUGGUUUGGAUAACAAGAAGAAGAUGAGGCUGAGAUCGAGGUCGAUGUCGAGGUCUAGAUCAGUGUUGUCUCAGCGGUCUCUUGGGGAGGUUGUACCUGGAGAAGGGUUCAAGGACUCUGCUCAGAAGAUGAAAGCUGUUACAAUGGCCAGGAAUGCUACCAAGAAGAGGAACAAGGAUGCUCGGCGUGGUGAGGCAGAUAGAGUUAUCCCGACGCUUAGACCGAAGCACCUGUUCUCUGGGAAGCGCUCCAUCGGGAAAACAGAUCGAAGAUAAUAAUAGGUAUUUAGAGGUUUGCAGGCUGCACAUUCUAGUUCCUAGAAUGUUUUCUUCUUCUAUCUGGUUAGCUUUUAUGUUGCUGUUUUCUCUUGACCGAUGAUAUAUGUGCAUGGCUUUUCUAAUCUUGCAGGAAGGGUAUGGAUUCGGCUUGCUGUUUGAGUUUAACUAUCAUUUUGCUGCUGAUUCUGGCCUGGCGUUAUUAGGUGGUAUAUAUAGAGGUGCUUAUUCAUUUUGUCUUCUCUUUUCUGCUGAGAAAUUGUUCUGGGAGUGAGGCUCUAUCUAUUUAGAUUAGACAUGGUCCUGUUGGUAUUACGUUAAAACUUUAUGGGAAGCAGGGGAGAUUUUGGGUAAACUAUGUUCUCUGAAUUAAAGAAUUGUUCGUGGG